ACGUGAGUCAGAAGCCCCGCCCUGUUGAAAACGACGUUCUCUGCAGUGGGUUGAAUUGACGGAAAUGUUAUCUGCCCUGAAAAUCGCCUGAGCCAUUCUGACAUAAUAUUUAUACAGGCUUUUAUUGAACACUUGUACUGAGAAAUCUCUUCCCAAGAGCAAAAAAGUUGUUGUUUGGAACUUGAUAUUCACAUACGAUGGGAUAUAAGGUGCUCACUGUUGCGAUUUUCCUGUGUCUUAUGAAGCGUGCUCAUGUGAGAGCACAAUGUUCAAAACCUAAUUUUGAAGGGAACGUGGUCUUAUCAGACAAAGACAUCUCGACAAACGAGUUCCCGGAUGGAUCCAAAGUAACGUUUGUGUGUAUAACUGGAUACGUAGCAGUUGGAGGAAGAUCUAGAUCGGUUACAUGUAAUGGAAACAAAUGGACAGAACUUGCUCUCAGCUGCACAAGAAAAUCUUGCGGAAGUCUUCCAGACGUCAUUAAUGGGAAAUAUGAAAUACCUAACGGUAUUUUGUUUGGUGACUCGGUUACAGGUGUUUGUAAUACAGGAUAUACAAUUAGCAGUUUUGGGCCAACUCAAAGAACAUGUCGAGCUAAUGGCUGGGAUGGUAGAGAUCUUGAGUGUGAAGCGGUGCAAUGUCGGUCACCUCAAGUAAUAGAAAAUGGCUGGUAUGAUGAGCAGGAAGAUCCAGAUAGAAAAUAUGAAUAUGGAGAUGGGGUGUACUACAAAUGUAACCCUGGGUUUAACCUGGUUGGAAGUGAUGUAAUAAAAUGUUCUGAUGAUGGAAAAUUUCAUCCAGAGCCACCAAAAUGUAUUGUUGUAUCAUGUCCACCGCCUAUCGUCCCAAAUGGGAAUCGAAUCGGUGGAAAAGCACCUCCCUACGGUCUGAAUAACUUUUUACAGUACAAGUGUAAUGCUGGCUAUGACAUUAUUGGACAAGAUUAUAUUACGUGUACAGCAAAUGGAUGGAGUUCUGAACCACCGCAGUGUAUUGGGUACUGUGAACCGCCUGAGUUUAAAGAGGAUGUCAUCAUAUCCAAAGCAUCUGAAGUCACUCAGAAAUACCAUGAGGGAACCAGCGUAACAUAUGAAUGUAAACCUGGGUAUAAACAAGAGGAUUUGAAGGCUUCUAAUAAAAUUACGUGUGAAAACAAGAAAUGGUCUAUUCUGGAACUGAAAUGCAAAGGAGUAUUUUGUAAGCAUCCUGUGAUUGGAAGGAAUGUAACCAUAUCCGAGCCAUUUGAUUCAGAGACUAAGUUCCUUAAUGGAUCCAUCUUAACAUAUGAAUGUAAAACUGGUUAUGAACCAGUUGAUUCAGAAGCUCCUAAGUAUGUUACCUGUCAGGACACCGAAUGGUCACCGCUCCAUCUCAGAUGCGAAGGGUAUUGUGGACGACCUGAGCUUAAAGAGAAUGUCAUAGCCAAACAAUUAAACUUGGCAAAUAAAUUCCGUGAGGGAUUCAGACUAGAACUUGAGUGUAAAUCUGGUUUUAAACCAGUUGAUUCAAAAACUUCCAAGAUAAUUACAUGUAAGGACACCCAAUGGAAAGAUCUGCCCUUCACAUGCUCAGCCGAUUCUGAUCCUACUUCCUCAAAUGGACUAUCUGCCGGUGCGAUAUUCGGGAUUGUGUUGCUUUGUAUGACUGUGGUUGGGUGUCCAUUUUUGAUUGUAUAUCUCAAGAAAAAGAACUCAAAACAUAACUAUUCACAAAAGGUGGCGACUAGAAAUGAAGACAGAGAUUUACCACUUUGAAUGAUCUGAUAAAAAACCUGCACAAAGUGCUUGAGGAGAAACAAUCUUUACCACUAAGUGAAGAUACCUCAAAAUGUAUCGUUCACACAAGCACGUUUCAGGACUCCUUUCUAACACAAUCUUCUCUAGAAUAAUCAGACACUGUUGUGUGGAGUGCCCUAGCUUGUUUUCACUUCAUUUUUCAAAGUUAAUGUGUGCAUUCUCUCUCUAUAUCCUGGAAAAGAUCUCCACACAAGUCUGGGUAACUUUACUUUUAUUAAGUGUUAUACAACUUACAAAUCUGAUUUCCUGUAUAACUCGACAAUGAUUUUGUGAUUACAUUUCUUCCUGGAAACCAAGUCAAAAUGCUACUUACUCAGUCUAAAGCUAUUUAAAUUCAACCCCUAGAUCAUAUAAAUACAAUAAAAUACUGUACAUAGGAGUUUCAUUUGGAGAAAAUAAUGAAAGUAGUGCAUGGAUUCAUGCAGAUUGUGAUUUGCUGUGCAAAAUUUGGUUAAUCCUAUAAAUGUGUUGAAAGUGCAUUUUCCGGCAAGUAGAACAGAACAUAAAUUUUCCAUUUUGCUGUGUUUUAGCACUUAACAUUAUCCAUAUGCCACUGUACAUAGAAAGGCCACAAAACAGUUACUUGUUGUUAGAUCUAUUAGAGCAAUGAUGAAGGAUGUUCUUCUUCUGUUUAAUGCGAGUCUGUUUGUCUAUUUGUGUAAUUUAAAGUUGUUGAAUGAACAUAUUUAAUGCCAAAUAAGACCAUUUUUUCCCCCUGUACAGUAGUUUUAUUAUUGGGUCUUUUUGUUUUCGAAUUAUUGUAUAAGAGUUGGUCUUAAGCAUUGUAAAAAUGAAACAAAUUGUGAUGAAUAGUGCCUAUUUACAGUGACCAGUUCUAGGACUGUAAAUUCUGGAAUUAUUAAUAUUCAUAAAAAAAUAAAAGAAAAAUCAAUGUAGCUCAGGCAUAUUCACUUUAACAUGGAUAGAAGUUUUGUUAUUCCUUUUUCAGUAUUUAAACUUACCAAGCAAAAUGUGCUGGUCAUGCCCCUGUACAUUUGCAAUCUAGCAAUACCUGGCGUAGGUAGAUAAAAAAAUUAACUGAAUUCACUGAGCUGUGUGUGUGCUUUUAAGGUUUUUAUAAACUUGUGUGAUUAUUUUCUACUGAAGACUUAAACCACUGUUAAUCUAUAGCCCAUAUGAUCAUUCACUCGUUUUAAGAUCUUGCAGUUCUGUUGCUUAUGCUGCCUGGGACACUGGCACUGAAGAGGCGGUAUAAUAUCUUUGGGUUUGAGUGUCGCUUGGGGAUCCAGCUGUUCCUUUAUAUUAGCAACAUAAUUGUUUCCUUCAUAAUCACUGUGGACCCAAGAAGCAACUAGAGCCAAACAUCUGUACGUCAUUGAUUGUAAGACAAAAUAAAGAUAUGCUUUCCAUUGUA